CCGACCAGUGUCAAUUCAGUUCGAGUCGGAUCGUCGCGCAGAAUAGACGCACAUUGCCCAUCGUCCCCGUACGGGCUGUUGUAUAAACUUCCUCUAUACAGUAACGAGAAGCGUUCUCCCAUAAACGUGAAGCAAGUUCUUUAAUUGCGGUGGACGUGUGUGUAAAGUGGAGCGAAGCAACGGACCACGGCGAGCAACGUUCCAUUGCUGAUGCGAAGAGAAAAAGCGCAGCAGCAGAUACCAAGAAUCGACGAAUGGUGUGUGUGGUGGCAUAGAAGGCGAAGAACAACAUGAAAAUUAUAACAACCUCUUGCUGCUCCAGCGGAGCCGUGUGAAAUGAACUGAAUAAUAAAGGCCGAAGAGAGCUGGAAGAAAUAUUAAUGUCUCAAAUGAAGAGCAAUCGAAGGAAAAAAGCAGUGAAUAUAUUCGAGAGAAAAAUGAAAUAACAGUGCAGCGAUAGUUUGGUGAAAUAUUUGAAAAUCGUGCUCUUUCCCCAUUGGCCAAGAUUUGUGUUUCGUCGUUACGGUUCCGUUUCCGAGUUUUGCAACGAGAAGAAAAAAAAAUCGAUAACACAACAACCCCGGAGAGUUCGUUCGGUGUUAACGGCGGCUCCAGUGUAAAAGUGUGCCAGAAGGGAGCAAAGCAAAGUUCAAAAAUGUUUAAUUUAUGAUAUUGAAACACGUAGUUUAGAGUGCACGUUAAGCGGUUACCCCGUGAAGAUCCCAUAGGCAAAUAGUUGAAGAGCCUUCCGCGGUAGUGUCUCCUGGACGGUGAGAAGAUGGAAUGCUCCAGGACUUUGGCAGUAGUGCUGGCGCUGCUAAUAUCGCUUGCGGCAGUGUCGGGGUCACAGUGCAACUGGGAAUAUGAAAAAUCAAGUGUGACCUGCAGAUUGCGGACACUCGAGCGCACUGGAUUGGACCUGCAAGGUGCCGAGGGAACCACUCGGCUCGACAUUCAAUGCAGUGAAUUGAUCCUGUUUGAAAGUCAAUUAUCGCCGAAUUCCUUCAUGCGGUUGUCGAGCCUAAGUGAACUGAAAAUCGAAUCGUGUAAACUGCUGCAUCUUCCGGAGGGCGCAUUCGAAGGGAUGCUGGCCCUCAAGAAACUCAGUGUGAAUACUAGAAACUAUGAGUGGGGUGCCGGUAAAGUGUUAGAACUGCAGCCCUCAUCCAUGAAAGGACUGAAAGAACUGCAAAAUUUGGACUUGAGUGAUAACAACAUCCGUGCGCUUCCGGACGGUUUCUUGUGCCCGCUUACGAAUCUUAAAGUGCUUAAUUUGACGAACAAUCGAAUUCGAUCAACCGAAAGCCUAGGACUCUCGGGCAAAACGUGUAGUGGUGGAUCUGAGAUACAAACCUUGAACCUUAGUUACAAUGAAAUUAUGCGGAUUCCUGAAAAUUGGGGUGUGUCACGAUUGCGACGUCUGCAGCAUCUCAACCUAGAGUACAACAACAUCACCGAGCUGCAUGGCGAAGCUCUAGCUGGGUUGAGUUCACUUCGAACGCUCAAUUUAAGCUACAAUCACCUGGAAACGCUUCCAGCCGGACUCCUUGCGGGAUCCCGGGAGCUGCGAGAAAUCCACCUGCAAGGCAAUCAGCUCUAUGAACUCCCACGAGCUGUGUUCCAUCGUCUAGAACAGCUGUUAGUUCUGGAUUUGUCCCGAAAUCAACUAUCGUCGCAUCACGUCGACAAUGGCACAUUCUCCGGAUUGAUACGCCUGGUGGUACUGAACCUUGCUCAUAAUGCCCUCACUCGCAUCGAUUCCAAAACAUUCAAAGAGCUGUACUUCCUCCAAAUCCUAAACCUUCGCAACAACUCCAUCGGCUACAUCGAGGACAAUGCCUUUCUUCCUCUGUACAAUUUACAUACGCUGAAUUUGGCUGAAAAUCGACUUCACACGCUAGACGACCGGCUCUUUAAUGGGCUGUACGUGCUGUCGAAGCUUACCCUAAAUAAUAAUCUCAUCAGCAUAGUGGAGCGCAAUGUGUUCAAGAACUGCUCCGAUCUGAAAGAGUUGGACAUAAGCUCUAACCAGCUCACCGAAGUGCCACACGCCAUCCGCGACUUAUCCGUGCUGCGUACGCUGGAUUUGGGUGAAAAUCAAAUUAACUAUAUUGAAAAUGGAACGUUCGCCAACCUGAACCAGCUAACCGGGCUUCGCAUGAUUGAAAAUCAGAUUGAAAAUAUUACCAUUGGCAUGUUUACGGAUUUGCCCCGGCUUAGCGUGCUGAACCUGGCGAAAAAUCGUGUGCAGAACAUUGAGCGUGGCUCGUUCGAUAAAAAUCUGGACAUCGAAGCGAUACGACUGGAUGGCAAUUUCCUGAACGAUAUAAACGGCAUUUUCGCUACACUUUCAUCGCUGCAGUGGUUGAGCCUGGCGGAAAAUCACCUGGUGUGGUUUGACUAUGCAUUCAUCCCGAUCAAUCUCAAGUGGUUAGACAUCCACGGUAAUUACAUCGAGUCGCUGAGUAACUAUUACAAACUCCAGGAGGAAAUCAAAGUGAAAACUUUGGACGCAAGCCAUAACCGACUGACCGAUAUUGGCCCGAUGAACGUUCCAAACAGUUUGGAGCUGCUAUUUGUCAACGAUAACCACAUUAGCACCAUUCACGCGAACACCUUUAUCGAUAAAAUUAAUUUGCAGCGCGUUGAUCUGUAUGCUAAUUCGUUGAAAAAGCUUCAGCUGCAUCAGUUGCGUGUGGCGCCACAGCCUAUCGAUAAACCACUGCCAGAGUUCUAUCUCGGGGGAAAUCCAUUUGAGUGUGAUUGCUCUAUGGAGUGGAUGCAGCGGGUGAACAAUUUGACAGCUCGCCAGCACCCGAAAAUCAUGGAUCUACCGAAUGUGGAAUGUAUCAUGCCGCAUGCCCGAGGCUCACCGAUUAGACCGAUCGUUUCCCUCAAACCGAAAGACUUUCUGUGUAAAUACGAUACUCACUGUUUCGCCCUGUGCCAUUGCUGUGAUUUCGACGCAUGUGACUGUGAGAUGACCUGUCCGACCAAUUGUACGUGCUAUCAUGAUCAAACCUGGGGAACGAACGUGGUCGAUUGUGGCAACCAGCGAGCAACACUUUCCAAACCGGUUCCGAUGGACGCUACCGAAGUGUAUAUGGACGGUAAUGACUAUCCGGAGCUGCAAAACCAUGCCUUUAUCGGUCGCAAAAAUCUUAAAGUGCUCUUUGCCAAUGCGAGCAAGAUUAUCACUAUUCAAAAUCGUACAUUCGCCGGACUAACUGCGCUGCAGGUGCUCCAUCUGGAAGAUAACGCUAUCCAAAAGAUUGACGGUUAUGAGUUUGAAAAUCUCGGCCUUCUGAAGGAGCUCUAUCUGCAGAACAACGUGAUUUCCGUGAUCGCCAACAACUCAUUCGCACCGUUGUACUCACUGCAGGUGCUGCGUAUCGAUGGCAACCGGUUAACCACGAUUCCGAUGGCACAGCUCCAGGCAUCGCAGCUGCAAAGCCUGCAGGCUCUUUCACUGGGGCGUAAUAACUGGAGCUGCCGCUGCCGGUUCAUGCAAGAACUCACCUCGUUCGUGGCCGACAAUGCCGUCAUUAUCCAAGAUGUGCAGGACAUCUACUGCUCGAGCAAUGGCAUUUUUCGCGGACUAGACUUCAACGUAUCGGCCAGCUGUAGCGAUUACUUUGCUGGAAGCUCGGUCCUACCGGAUCGAUUAUCGGAGACACAUAUUUUCUUCCUAGCCGCUGCACUAAUUAUCGCUUGUUUGUUGGUGUUCGUGCUGAUGAUGUUUAUUUUUCGUGAACCGUUAAGAUUCUGGCUGUUCUCACGGUACGGCGUGCGAGUGUUUGGCCCACGAUGUGAAGAUUCGGAAAAGCUCUACGAUGCCAUUUUUAUCUAUUCAGCCAAAGAUGCCGAGUAUGUUGCAAGGAACAUUGCUGCUGAUCUGGAAAAUGGCCGCCCACCGUUGAGAUUAUGUUUGCAGCACCGAGAUCUUUCAGAGGAUGCGACACAUUUGCAACUUUUGGAAGCAUCUCGAGCGUCUCGCAGAAUAGUGAUGUUAUUGUCACGCAAUUUUCUGCAAACCGAGUGGAGCCGAUGCGAACUGCGGAGGGCAAUUCAUGACGCGCUUAGAGGAAGACCUCACAAACUAGUGGUUCUCGAAGAAGUUGGCGUGAUUCUGGAAGCGGAAAACGACGUCGAACUAGUUCCUUACCUUAAGACCACCACUGUAAAUAGAAUAAAACGAAGCGAUCGGCAUUUCUGGGAGAAGCUUCGGUACGCUCUACCGGUGGAUGAGCCGUACCGAGGCAACAACUACACCAUCGAUCAUCACGAGCGAGUGAAGCAAACUGCCAGUGCCGGUGUCAUGUUCCGGCAAGCCCCGCCGGCCUACUGUCCGGAGAUCGACGAAGCAAACUACUCGUCGGCGACAACGGCCACCCCUAGUCCACGGCCGUCUCGCCGAGGUAUGGUGGAGCUUCCUCAGCGGCCACCUAGUGAACAUAUCUACUCUAGCAUCGAUUCCGACUACAGCACGCUGGAGUGCGAAAACAUGGUUCCUGGAGUGCAUCGCCCAUCGACGUGGCGGUCGGGAGGUCCCGGUGCUAACAUGGGUGUCAUGUCCGGGCAAAACACCGUCCCCCAUGGACAUCAUGUGCAGGCGUAUCUCGUCUAGGGGCGGCUGAAAUCGUCGCAUACGAUGACGACGAGGGCUCGAAAAAGAAAUAGUCAAGUGAUGAAGUAGUUUGUCAGUGUAAAUAUACGUAGUUGUACAAUACUAGCGCUAUGAAGAAAUGAAUUUAAAAGCUGCAGUUGUCAGUAAGAGAAUUACAAAGUGCUAAAUUAUGUAAAAAGUUGAAACUCGGAGUAUUAAAAAAUGCGCGUUGUUAGACGAAAAGUGAGGAGCAUCAAAGCAAGUGAAGACGAGAAGAAAAAUAUUUGUGAUAUUGUAUUUUAUAAGUUUUAAAUAAUGACGCAGAAAAAUGACAACAGAAAUAAUAACGCUGGAUAGAAAUGCCGAAUACUAUGUACGGAAAAAAUGCUACAAAAAUACUAUUACCACUACUUACUACUAUCGCAGCAACAAAUCCACAAACAUUCACACAUACGAACGCAGCAAACAAGAAAAUAACUAGCCAUAAUAGUUUCUACGAAUGCAGAGAAAGGUAAUAACAGAAAAUUAUAAUUUAUUCAAGUUCAAAAUGCCAACGUUCCAAAUAAAUGUAUGUUUUGAAAAAACACAAUCGAACUCGAAAUCAAAAAAUCUUUCCCAACACUUUCUUCGAUUAACCCUAUUAAGUUUGUGUUUUUGUUCUGACCGCAUGAAAGUGUGAUUGAUAAUACGUGUCUGUGUAGUUUACGUUUCGAUUUGAAUCGUUUAUUUAAAUUAUUUAUUGCUAUUUAACUGACAGACAACUCUCUUUUUUUCUGUACGUGCGCAAAAAAUCGAAAUGUAAUAGCGCCGUGAACUGUUGGUUCUAGUGCAUAGGGCUUUUUGCUAAAGAUAGAGGCGUUGCAGGAACGGAACACGAAAGGGACUGAUAUGAGCGAAUAUUAGUGUUAAUAUUGAAUGAGCAAACAAACGCGCCGACGUAGGAUAGUUGAAAAGGGAAGAAUUAUUUUUUCUGUGUAAAUAUUGAUGCCUGCAAAUCUGUCAGAGAUGGCAAACACAAAACUAUGUAAAAAGUAUUAUCGUUAAGGCUAGGAGGGCGAAGAAGGCAGUUAGAAAAGCUGACGCAAAAAAUCUAUCAUAAAGAAAAACAAACUGAAGCAGAUUAUUAGUAAGAAAUAAUAAAACAGAGCAAAUCGUGUGACCAGACUGACUAAUUAAAAUGUUACACUUUACCUGUGUAUAGAAAUGUAAAUCAGAUUAUUAAAUGACAAAACACAACACAUGAAAUUAAAAAGCUUCUUUUCUGUGAGUCAAAAGCAAGAGCUACACAAAAAUCUAUAUUGAAAAUCGAGAAAAAAAAAAUGAAUAAAACGAAAAAAUUAAUUAAUCAAUAUAAAA